UCCUCUGCUUUCAUUCUCUUGGUUUCUCGUUGCCGGCCUUGGCGCCGUUCUCCCGGGCGGAGUUGUGUCACGACUGCCGUUAAUACCCGGCGCCUAUAGAACGGCACCGUCCGGAUUUCCGCUUUCUAGAUCACCAAAGAUCAAAGUGGUGAGAGGUCAAGAUGAAAGAAAGCGGAGUGGGUGGUUUAGAAGCUCCCAGAGUCUCUCCCCAGCUCCAAUUAGACGCCGUGAAGCCGUCACAACUGGCGGCAGCGGCAGCAUCGGCGGCGGCACCUCGGGCUCUUUCGUCGUCGGUGGUCGCUACGGAACCCAAGACCGGCAGUGAUACCACUACAAAAUGGAACACCAAAAACCUCGCCCAGCGGCUCGGCGCCGACUUUCUCGGCGCGGCCUCCGCCGCCGUGCUCGUGGCCCCAAUAAUAUCCAUCAUUGACCGGUCGAUAAUGGAAAACGCCUCCGGCCGCCGCCCCCUCGUCGAGUCGCUCAAGGCCUCCUUCCGCACCCUCUUCCGCACCCCGCACCGCAUCAUCCUCUCCAAGCCCUUCGCCCUGAUCUUCGCCCUGUACGGCGGCACCUACCUGACGGCCAACACCCUCGACACGGCCACCUCUGCAACCCACAACCUGCCCGCCACCCACAUCACAUCAGGCACCGCCAAAUUCGCCGCCUCCUCGGCCGCCAACAUCGGCAUCUGCAUCUACAAGGACCAGGUCUUCGUGCGGCUGUUCGGGCCCGUCGGCGUCGCGGCCCGGCCCGUGGCCCUGCCGAGCUACGCGCUCUUCGCCGCGCGCGACUGCCUGACCAUCUUCGCCUCCUUCAACGUCCCGCCGCUGCUGGGGCCCGUGCUCGCCCGGAGCCGGAUCGUUGGGGACCGUUUUCAGCGCUACGUCUCCGGCCACACCCUGGCGCAGUUUGCGGCCCCGGCUGCGGUGCAGCUGGCGAGCACGCCGCUGCAUCUGUGGGGGCUGGACGUGUAUAACCGGCCGGGGGUGAUGGGUUGGCGGGAGCGGUGGGCGGUGGUGAGGAAGAACUGGGCGGUGAGCACCGCGGCGAGGAUAUGUAGGAUCGUGCCUGCUUUUGGGGUGGGCGGGGUGGUGAAUUACAAGGUGCGGAGGGGGUUGAUGGAGAAGUUGGUGUGAGGAGAGAAGGCAUGAUCUGGCGCUGUGUUUGUUUCUGUUUAUGUCGGUGUUGGCUUCUCGCGUAGAACGGCGUUCAGGGUUGCUGCGUGAUGUCGGCAGUUGCAUCGGCGUUGGUACCACGGGAUAGUAGAUGGUUUGCUCAUAGACCG